AUGGAGCUUCAUGGUUCUGUGCCCCGACCCUUCAGGUGGGUCUUUGUUAACUUGACUCUAGCAUUUGCGAAGACGAAGUCCAUUCCCCUCUACGACAUCCUUUGGGCCGAAGUCGCAAACAACGAGAUUACGGUUGAUUUUGUUGAGCAUACCUCCAAAUCUCUGGUCGAACCUAGCAACCUGAUCUUUCGUCUUGCUCCUAACGAUUCGGAAGGGCCAGGUGGAUCAUUUGCCGCCACCUUUUGCCGUGUCCUAUUGGCUAGAGCUUAUAGAGAAGCCAAAUCCCGCCCAGGAAGCGCCCUGCGCCUCUGGAAGAAUGAAGUAAAACCCAUCUUUGAUGCUGCAAGGAUGGAGCUUCAUGUAGUGGUCCUUGGUCGGGGCGGUGAAGCCGCCGAGUUGGCUGAAAAGGUUGAUUUGAGAAAGUAUGACACAAUUCUUGCUUGCUCGGGUGAUGGGACUGUGCACGAAAUCUUUAACGGAUUAGGCAAUCGCCCUGACGCCGGCCAUGCACUCGCGUGCAUGCCCGUGAGUCAUAUACCUUGUGGGUCUGGCAACGCAUUUUCCUGCAACUUAUACGGUUCCCAUCGGGCAUCAAUGGCGGCCUUAUCUAUUGUUAAAGGCAUUGUGGCACCCAUUGACCUCAUAUCAGUUACCUAUGGUGAAAGGCGGAUCCUUUCUUUCUUAUCUCAGACUAUUGGAAUCACGGCGGAGAGUGACCUCGACACUGAGCAAUUCCGAUGGAUGGGAAGCGCUCGAUUUGAGUUUGGGGUGAUGACGCGUAUCUUGAAACGAAAAUGCUAUCCUUGUGAUGUGGCUCUCAAGGUUGAAAUUGAGGACAAGGCUAGCAUUAAAGCCCAUCAUAGCAGGUACACCAACGAUACUAGUCUCGCCAGGAUACCCACGGGGGGUGCUAAGCCCGCCACCGAAUAUGGCCUGCCGAAACUCAAGUAUGGAACAGUCCGAGACUCUCUACCGGAAGGAUGGAAGUUGGUUCCUGGUGAUAGAAUGGGUACAUUUUACGCAGGUAACAUGGCGUACAUGUCACCAAAUGUCAACAUUUUUCCGGCCUCUGUUAUGACAGACGGACUUCUCGACCUCAUUACUAUAGAUGGUGAUCUGUCUCCAGUGACUGCAUUACGCGUUAUGUCACAAACUCGUUCUCCCAAUUUUUUGGACAAUUCUUAUGUCAACUACAGAAAAAUUUCAGCGUACAGAGUCAUGCCCCGGAACCAGCACGAUGGUUGUAUCAGCAUCGAUGGAGAGAGGAUUCCCUUUGGGCCAUUCCAGGCAGAAGUUCAUCAGGGUCUUGGCCGAGUCAUCUCCAAAUCGGGUAAAUACGAGGCGGAAGGGCCUGCCAACUGCCAGGUGUGA